AUGGCGGUCGACUAUGAUAAAGUUGGUUUCCAGCUAGGAGCCGCAGGGCUCGGGAUCGGCGCAUUCAGCGGUAUACUGGACGUCAUGUCUGCUUGCUCCAAGCUGUACAAGAUGUGGCGGUCGCUGCGCGAACUCGACGGACACCUGGGCCUGCUGCGCGCCAAGCUUGUUCUUCAACAUGCCCUCCUGCAGCAAUGGGAGCGCGACUGGCUCUAUGCACCAGCCGAGAGUAGCGAACGUUCUGGCUUUCGCCGCAGGCAGCGCUGGGUCAGACAACACGAGGUCGCCGUGGCGGAGACUCUGCAUGCUGUGAGAAGACUCCUGGAGUCACUGGAACCGUUGCGGUUGACUUCCCUCGGCGCAAAAUGGAAAGAAGGGGGCUGCGGCAGCCUUGGAGUCUCUCAACUGGCGAAAGCAUCCCAGGUCAUCCUGGCCGUGGAGGACCUCCAAGAUAGCCAGAUCGACGCUCGCGACGUGUCAUCAAUAGACCACGCAGAGCACCUGCUCGUCACUCGAAAGCAACUGAAUCUCGAACUGAGACGCGUGCAACAAUUUUCGCACCGUCCAGUAACAUCCACCUGUCCAUCAAGACUUCACGCGUGCAGGUCGGAGCCACGACGAGGUCUCGGCAGGAUUCGCAGCUUCGGCGUCUCGACGGCGGCGAGCCGAUUCUCAUCGAGUGGAAACGGUAUGACGCCAGCUGGAUGGGUCAGAAGGGCAUCGAGCUCCACGGCCGCAUUCUCGAACCAUUGCCCCAGUGCCCAGCUCCUGCACACGGACAUGAAACCCGACGAGCUCCUGACGCUGAAAUGCCUCGGCUUCUUCGACGACGUCGAGCGCAGCGCCUUCGGCUUCGUCUUCCGGCUGCCACUCGCCAGCGCAGCAGCACCCGCGCCAGCGCCAAACGGCAAGCCGAUGGUCUCGCUCAAGGCGCUGCUCGACCAGCCGACGCCGGAGAAUCUGCCGACGCUGGAGGAGCGCCACCAGGCGAGCUACGGCAUCGCGCUGUCGAUUUCCAUCCUUCAUGCCGUGUCGUGGCUGCACAAGAGCAUUCGGAGCCAGAACGUCCUGUUCCCCGUCGAUCGGAACGGGCGUCCUCGGUGGACGACCCCGUAUCUGGUGGGAUUCGACUUCUCGCGCCCGGAUGCCGUUGACGAGUCCUCGGAGAAGCCGGAGCAGAGCGCACGCUUUAAUGUCUACCGACACCCCUCGGCGCACGGCAGCCCCAAUGAGGGCUACCGACGCAGCUUUGACGUGUACAGCCUCGGCGUCGUGCUCUUAGAGAUAGGGCUCUGGCGACCUGCAUGGAAGCUAUACAAGGAUGGUAUGGCGGCUGAGGCGUUCCGUGACGUCUUGGUCGACAAAUCAAAGACAUGGCUCGGGCAUCUGAUGGGCACGGUCUAUCGAGAAGCGGCUGUGAAGUGUCUGACUGGCAGCUUUGAUGCGUACCAGGCGAAGAUGAGUGACGGUCGUGAUGACGAUCUCGGGCUGCAAACGUUGUACAUCGAGGUUGUCGAGGUGUUGGGUCGCCUACAGGAGGAUUGA